GGCGACCGUCGGCCACUCCAUCCCCUCUCUCUUCGAAAUCCAAAAGGCUCAUCUUUCUUCUCCAUUUUCCCCCGUCAAAACCGAAAUAACAGAUUCUCUCUCUCUCUCUCUCUCUCUCUCUCUCUCAGUAGAAUGGCUGAGGUCCUUCCCCUCCCUUCUCCGCCGAGCUCCGGCAGCUCCCCAUCCCGGCCCUCCUCCCUCUCCUGCUUGCCCCCAGCCACUGACUCCGGCGCCAUCAGCGACUGCGACGCCGACUCGGUGAAGGACGCCCGGCGGGAUGAGGGCAAUGGCAGCGACAGCAGCAGCAGCAGCACCGCCGAAGGCGGAGGCGGCGAUCAGCUCUCGUUCCUCGCGCUGCUCUUGACCAUCUUCCGGAAAUCUUGGCUCGCCUGCAAGAGUGACCGCAGGCGGCUCUGCGAGGUGGAGAUCGGGUGGCCCAGCGACGUCCGCCACGUGGCCCACGUUACCUUCGACCGCUUCAAUGGCUUCCUCGGCCUGCCAGUUGAGUUGGAGCCCGAGGUCCCCCGUAGAGCUCCCAGCGCGAGUGCUCGUGUUUUUGGAGUCUCCACAGAAUCAAUGCAGUUAUCUUACGACUCUAGAGGUAACAGCGUGCCAACAAUACUCCUGCUCAUGCAGCAGCGCUUGUAUGAUGAAGGCGGAUUGCAGGCAGAAGGGAUUUUCAGAAUUAAUGCUGAAAAUGGUCAAGAGGAGUCUGUCAGGGACCAGUUGAAUAGAGGAAUCGUACCACUGGGGAUUGAUGUGCACUGCCUGGCCGGACUGAUCAAGGCAUGGUUCCGAGAACUUCCCAGAGGAAUUCUUGAUUCUCUCCCACCUGAACGAGUUAUGCAGUGCCAAACUGAAGAAGACUGUGUAGAGCUCGUGAGGCUCUUAGCAUCGACUGAAGCCUCUCUCCUCGAUUGGGCUAUCAACCUGAUGGCUGAUGUUGCGCAGAUGGAACACUUGAACAAAAUGAACGCAAGAAACAUUGCUGUGGUUUUUGCUCCAAAUAUGACUCAGAUGGCAGACCCUUUUACUGCUCUGAUGUAUGCAGUCCAAGUGAUGAACUUCCUCAAAGCACUUAUUGAGAGGAACUUGAGAGGAAGAGAAGAUUCUAAGGUGGAACCACCAUCUGCUUCUGAUCUUGGACCUUUUGAUGAGAAUGGGCGGGAAAGUCCUUCCAAGCCCCAAGCUGGAGAUGACUCUAAGGAUGAUGAGGAGACUGAGCGACCUCUCUUUGCCGAAGAACCCAACUUAGAAAGUUCCCUCCCCUCGGAUGAUAACAGCAGCAGUGUGAUUCAGGAAGAAACUUGUAGUGAUAGUGAUCUAUUGGAGCAGCUAUUCUCGGAUAGGGAUGAAACUAGGAGUGUCAUGCCAGCUGAAACUCAAUUUUUGAAAGAGAAUCUGAAAGGUUCUAUUGCCUUGAUGGAACUCAAGACUGCGAAGAAAGAGCCAAGGUUGACCAAUCGGAUAAGUUGACUUUCGAUGAGACACCAGAGAAGAUGACUGAGCACCAUCAACCUUUGGCUGAGACACCUACAACCAUGGAGAAGAGUCGGGUGAUCAGCAACCUCAGCCGAAUAGAGUCAAGGAUGGCGUGGAUUGAAGCCUGGCGGUAAAGGAAGUCAAGAACCGGUUGGAUCCAUAAACUAACACGAAGUGAUGAGCUAACGGAGUGUUUAGUCUCAUCUAGAUGGAAGUUUGUUUGUGAUUGGUGUCUAGCCAAAAUGUUUGCGUUUUAGUUUUGUGUUUCUAAGUGGUCUGGAAUUGAUUGAUUCCGAACCCAUUUGGAGGAUAAUGUACCUGGGCUAGUCUGAUCUAGGAUUUAGCCUCCCGUUUUGCGGGCAACAUUUUGCCUCAAUGUACUAUGGCCCCUGUACAAUCUCUCGCUUAGUCUUCUGACUCUGUGAUGAGCAAUUGUUUGAGAUGCAAAUAACAAGCUUUGUUUCAAAAUUA